ACGAUUGCUGUUUACACGGGUUUACUGUAGUCAUCCGCUUACUUCCUUAGUGUAAAAUGAAAAAUUUGGCUGAGCUGCCCAAAAGUGAACAAUUGGCGUUCAUUAAUUCUUUCGACCAUGUUCUGUCCGAUUUAGAUGGAGUGAUGUGGUUGCAGUACAAACCCAUUCCAGGGGCAAGUGAAUGUAUGAAUAUUCUGAAAAAAAAUGGGAAACUGAUACAUUUUGUUUCAAACAAUUCCACAAAUUCUAUAGAUGUAGUUAAAGAGAAACUAAAUUCCUGUGGAUUUGACGCCCAAAAUGGAGACAUAGUAACACCGAUCAUAGCCAUAUUGUCACAUCUAAAAGAAAUUGAGUUCAGUAAACCACUGUACGUUAUCGCAUCAAAUUCCAUGAAAGAUUUGUUAAGAGACGAAGGUUUAACUGUGGUAGAAGGACCACAAGUGAUAGAAGAGUCGAUACCCAGCUUACUUUCUCAAGUAAAUGACGACGGAACCAUUGGUGCAGUACUAGUGGAAUUCGAUUUGAAUGUAAACUACAUAAAACUUCAAAAAGCUGUUACAUAUUUGAGAAGGGAGGAUUGUUUAUUUAUAACAGGAGGUGGUGAUGCUAGAAUACCUUUUGGACUUAAAAAUCAUUUAAUAGGACCACAUUACUAUAUGAAACCAUUGAUCGAUCUUUCUGGCAGAGAACCGUAUCAAAUAGCAAAACCAAGUCUUCAUUAUAACGAUUAUAUUGUAAAAAGGUACAGGAUCUCAGAUCCAACACGAGUUUUAUUUAUAGGAGAUUCCAUAACCGAAGAUUUAAAUUUCGCAACGAAAUGUGGCUAUCAGAAAUUGUUGGUUCUAACAGGCAUCACCAACAAGGACCACUUGUCAAAUUGGGACCAUCCUGAGGAGUAUAAACCACAGUAUUAUGUAGAAAAUUUAAAUGUCCUACAUGAAAUUGUUUGUAAUUGUACAGGGGUGUCUAACAAGAAAUAAUUUAAUGAUAAUAAUAAUAAUAACUAAAAUGUGAUAGAAACUUAUAUUAAUUUAUAAAUUGUACAUCUGUGAAUAUCGUAUACAUAUUUAUAUU